CGUUUGGUUGGCUGAGCUGUUGGACGGACGACGGGUCGUUGUUACAUAUUUCCUUAACAAACAGCGAAAUGAAGUGUAGAACACACAACAACACACACACAAGCUCAUAUACGCAUACAUACGCGUGUGCUUGCUAAUGCAAAGUUGUCGCUUACAUUGGUACAUAAAUAUAUACGUACAUAUAUAUCUUUAAAUUUUUUUUAGCAACGAUCGCUAAUCACUCAUAAUCAAAAAUAUGAAAUAGACUUAUUAGAAAUAAUUGCUAACCAAUGUAUUAAUGUGAAAAGUGUUGAUAAGUGAAUGCAGAAGCGUUAAAAAGCAUUAAGAAGCGUGAAAUCGUGAACAAGUGGGAGUAGCAAUUGAAAAUUGAAAAAAGUGCAGAGUUUGUGUAAAUAUUUGUGUUUUUCUUUUUCAAGUGUUUAAUAGACUAAUUUUUUAUAAAAAAGGACCAGCACUUAACGAAGCAUAAAUAAAAGGAAAGAUUCUACCCCACGCGUGGCAUUGCCGGCUGAGAGCAUAAAUCUUAAACGUUUUUUUGUGUGUUUUAGUUUUUACAUUUGAAUAUUGAAAAAUUGAAAAUGUCGCCUAAUAAUUCGUUGCUGUCACACUGCGCUAUGAGCUGUCACGUCGUCAAUCGGUCAGUUUCACCGCCAUGCCUCCCGGCGUUCUAGUCAACGACAGUCGCAGCAAUUCCACCGACGAUAUACAAAUCGCGUUAGCGCCACACAUACAAACCUACCUAAGUCAAACAGGGCGUCGGCAUUCCUGCUGCAGCGUCAUGUUGCCGGUGGCGUUCGAACGCGCUGCAUCCAAAUCAUGGCUGGAUCCGAAAUUCGAUUCAGCUGUGCUGGAGGGACAAUUUCAGACCAGCGUGUUUCCGCACGUACGCAUGAGAUACAGAUUUGCGCUCUACUACAUUUUACUCUGCUCCCUCUCCUGGUUCCUGUACUUCCUGAUCGAUGGCGGCUCGGAGAAUUAUUGGCGUCCAAUUUCCAGCUCCUUCUCAAUGCUUUCACUCAUCACAAUCACCGCCAUGUGUUUCACGCACUGGGACAUGUAUCGUGCCUAUCGUACAUUUACGUCCGCGCUCACGGCUGUUGUGUUGUGCGCCUCCUCCUUGACCUUUCUCAUCUGUACCGGCCGCGCUUUCAGUCCGCUCGGCCACUUCUCGAUUUGUCUAUCGAUCGUGCUACUCAUAUAUACGGCCCUGCCAAUGCCACUAUGGAUGAGUGCCUUCAUAGCCGUCGCCUACUCCGCUCUCUUUGAGGUCGCCUCACACAUAGUAAUGGGCGACAGUGCCACUCAUGGCACCGCGAAUGAGAGUAACAAUAAGAUUAUGCUGUUGCGCAUUUUACUGCACAUUUGCGUUCAUUUAGUGGGCGUUCAUGUGUUGGUCAUGAAUAUGGUACGCAUGCGCGGCAUGUUUAUGAAGGUGGGACAAAAUCUGCUAGUUCGUCGCCAGUUGGAGAUGGAGAAACAACUUAAGGAGAAAAUGAUACAUUCGGUGAUGCCACCAAAAGUCGCCGACAUGUUGUUGAAUGAGAGCGGGGCCGGCGGUAUUGAUACCAAAGAUGGCGUAAUCGAUCCAGAUUCCCACUAUGUGAGACCGCGCACUUCCAAUGACCUGAAAUCUUUAUUUCGUCCCUUCCAUAUGCACAGCAUGGACAACGUGAGCAUUUUGUUUGCAGAUAUUGUGGGUUUUACCAAAAUGUCCUCUACGAAAACGGCCGAGCAACUGGUGGAGAUACUCAACGACCUGUUCGAGCGUUUCGAUGAUCUCUGUACGCUGAGUGGCUGCGAGAAAAUCUCCACGUUGGGUGAUUGCUAUUAUUGCGUAUCUGGGUGUCCGGAACCACGCGCGGAUCAUGCAAUCUGCUGCGUCGAAAUGGGUCUGGGUAUGAUCGAUGCGAUGCGUUGCUUUGAUGCACAGCGUCAUGAGGGGGUUAAAAUGCGUGUCGGCGUGCAUACCGGUACCGUGUUGUGCGGCAUCGUAGGCACAAGGCGUGUAAAGUUUGACGUCUGGAGCAACGACGUAUCCUUGGCGAAUAAAAUGGAGUCCACUGGAAAACCUGAGCAGGUGCACAUCUCCGAGGAAACCUCCAAAUUUCUGGGCGACGCUUAUCUACUCGAGGAGGGCGAAGAAGUUUUUGGUCAUCGCACUUAUUUUGUCGUUGGCCGACGGAAAGAUGUAUCGCGCGCUAACAGUCUCAGUCCUAGCAUACCAACCAACUAUGAUGGUAGCCACCUGCAGCUGCCGGGCAUACCAGGCCAAUCUACGCCACUUUCGCUGAGCACCACAAAUAUUUCGGUUAUUCAUCCGAAUGUGCCGCCUGCUUCGCCUGUCGGACAAUUAUCUUCUUCACUCAACCCCUCGCCCAUACUUUCGAUGCGUCCGCGUCUCACCUCGCUCAGCAUGAAGCUGCGCAAGAAGUCACAGAGCCGCGAACGCGAUAUCGAACGAGGCAUCAUUCAUGCCGAUCCAAUGAGCGUGCCACCAGUGGUGGUGGUGCGCGAAAGACCAAAGAUCAUUAUAACGACAAAGAGUCUGCCCGGCAGCCUGGACUCCACAGAUGACCCGGACAAAGCGGAUGAUGGCUGCUGUAAUGGAGUUAAUGGCACAAAUGGCAAUGUAGAAAAGGCUCACUCAGCGGAAGAAAAUGGACGCACGAAAAUCAAAUUGAAAGUUUGCAAAGUACCACGCUUUUUCAAAAAAAUCGAGGAUAUCGUUAAGCAUACAGACAAAUCGUCAAGUGCUGAUAUUGGCAGUAUUGUGCCAAGCUCUAAGUCUGUGGCGGCCGGCACGGAUGAGACUGUUGCUUUCAUUGAACCAAAUGGCUAUCACCAGUUACCUGUGGUGAUUGAGUCAUCCAAGCUACCAUUAGUGUCACACACACUCGAAAUCCCGCAAAAACCAAUGCUGCACCAUGCCGCCACCUCUACGGGCAUCUCACACAAUUACGUACGAUCGCCUGAUGGUAGUUGCUGCUCACCCGGUCAGUACUCGAUGUUUGACGAUAUCAUCGACAUUCGUUCGUACAUCAGUCAGUCGCGCAGCGAUAUCUCACCCUUCGGCCGCUCCGGCAGCUACCGUUCGCAAUGCGGACGCAGUGGAAAAUCAGAGACUUCGCCGUUGCCACGACCACGCGCUUCCACACUAACUUCUGCCACGGCCAAUAAAAGUAAAGAUGCGCCCGCUGCGCAGCCACUAAUCCAUAGCGAAGUACCCUUAUCUUCCACACUCACAGUGACAGGCAAUCAUCAGGCUGCGCACUCACGCAAUUCAAGUAUUUGGCCAGAUGGUCUUAGUAUAUGUCCGUCGGCUACCUCGCGCAAAGAUUCAGGCAUUAAGAGCAAUUCGCGUCGCUCUUCAAUACAACAUCAAAUCUACGCGCUCAAUCAAACCGCCAUAAGUCAACAUCGUGUUUCUGGCUACUUUACCAGUUCGACGUCUAGCAUUUCGAACAUAGGUGAUGCCACAAUGUUGGCCCACGUGGCACUCCCACCGAUACCGCAGCCCACACCGCAAGUAACUGAUCCGCUGGCAGCCUGUCUGCAACAAUUGCGCAAACAGUCCGACCUUCAGUUGAUACGCUGUGUUCGUGACAACGCUAAAUCGCAACGGAGCUACCUGGUCAAGCCGCCGCUCAAGCGCUUCAGUUUGUACUUUAAAUCCAGGCAAAUGGAGCGCGACUUUCGCUCCAAAGCUCAUCGCUUUGGCAAUGAGAAUGAGACUGAAGGACCUCCUACAUUGGCAACGCCACGCUACAAUACAUACAUCGACAUUUUCGUCGGCAUCGCAGUGUACUUGUGCAUUUCUAUAUCACUCUUUCUUAUGACUCCAAACACCGUUACACCCAGCUUUCGCCUGUGGGUCUCACUCUUCACAGUCUUUACAGCCAUACAAAUUUUCGCAUUAUUCCUUUUCACGCGGCAAAUGUGCCGGCGCCACAAUACACAGGCGCGCACGAAGGUCAACGAUACGGAAUCGUGCGCGGACCGCAUAUUCGAAGCCAUAUCCAGCUGGUAUCCUUGGCAUAUUUGUUUAGCUAUACUCAUGGCAAUGCCGGUAAUAUUGAUCAUUGCGAACUUCCUGCUGCUCGAUCUCAACUUGCUCGAAGCUUUCGAGUAUCACUACGGCUUCCUAAUCUUCGUCUGCAUUGUGCAUUUUUGCAACUUCACGCAGCUCAACUGUUGGGUGCGCAAUACCUUGGCACUAAUGGCGGCCAUGUGCUUCGUAGGCAUUGCCGUAAGUCAGUUAACAGUCUAUUCGAAUCGAACAGAUGCAGCCGAAGCAGCGGCAGUGGCACAACACGCAAAUGCCACGCGUUUACUUUACCCUGGCGCCGAGGGUGGAAAUUAUCUCAUCGAGGAGAUCAAGUGGUUUCAAGACUAUCAUGUAGAGAUUUAUCUCGAUCUACUGCUUAUACUAGUGUUGGUUUGGUUUUUAAACCGCGAGUUCGAGAUCGGCUACCGCCUAACCUUCUACGGCAAUGCUGUGGCCAAUCAGGAUAAAAUACGCGUGCAGAACAUGAAAAAUCAAGCAGAUAUGUUGCUGCACAACAUAAUACCAAAGCAUGUGGCCGAGCAUCUGAAGAAUACCGCCAAAUACUCUGAAAAUCAUCACGAUGUGGCGAUCAUCUUCGCUUCCAUAGUUAACUUCAACGAAAUGUACGACGAAAGCUAUCUCGGAGGCAAGGAAUACUUGCGCGUUUUGAACGAACUAAUAGGGGAUUUCGAUGAGCUGCUCUCCCAACCCGAAUUCCGCUGUGUAGAGAAGAUCAAAACAAUCGGUUCAACUUUCAUGGCAGCCAGCGGUCUAGACCCCUCACAUCGUGGCGACAAGAACGAGCACAUACACGCUUUAAUGGAAUUCGCGAUAGCCAUGCAAGAGGUGGUGGACGCUUUCAACAAGGACUUGCUUGAGUUCAACUUGAUACUGCGCAUUGGGCUGAAUAUCGGCGACGUGACGGCCGGUGUGAUCGGCACUAGCAAGCUGCAUUACGACAUCUGGGGCGAUGCGGUAAAUGUGGCAUCGCGCAUGGACUCCACAGGUAUGCCAAAUCGCAUACAGGUAGGCAAGGACUGUCUGCCCUUCCUCGAGGAUAAGUACGAGUUUGAACGGCGUGGCAGCGUUUACGUGAAAGGUAAGGACCACAUGGAGGUGUACCUAUACACAAUGCGCAAAGGAGAGGCUGAACAGAAGACAGAAGAAGAGAAAGUAGUGGACAAAUUAGACAGUAAAGAAGAGAUAUUAGCGGAACCGAACAAAAUGCUGAAAGCGGCAAACGGCGAAGUGACUGGGCGCGAACCGAAUGAACUGUCAACGAAUAAAGAGGGCACCUAAAACCACACCGCACGCAGUGAGCUGUGAAUGGGAAAAUAAAAGUUUUUUGUGGAUGGAAAUCAAGUGCUGUGAUGUCGAAUGAUUAUUUGGCAACGUCCAAUAGUCAGGGGCAACGUGUAGAGGCUUAGAGUUAUAGGUUGCAGCAACUGGAAGUGGCCGAAGGAAGCCUGCCAAAGGAGGAGUGGGAAAGCAAACAUAAAAAGUAAAAGGAUACGAGAUUUGCGACGACUGCGAGGAUUGUAUGAAUAGUGCGUGGAUCUGCGGGUCUACAGCCUUGAAAGGUUUCAAAAUUGCAUUUAUGGUUAGAGUAAAUUUAGAUAUUUUGAAGUCAUUGUAUCUGCAGUUUGAAUAGGCAACUAAAUUGUGAUAUUGUGGGGAAAGGUGGGUAUAGCCUAGCAAACCGUGGUGGGUUAAAUGGUGUGCAAACAGACCAACUAAGCUAAGCUGAACAUGUAAAAGGCAAAUAUUGUUUUUGUUGCGGUAUGUGCAUGUGUAUGUAUUAUACUCAUACAUAUACGAAAAAUUCGGUAGCUGGUUGAGUGCGCUUGGGGACGAUUGGCCUUAUUGAUAUUGACGUUUUUUUAAGGCCCUACGCAAUCAGGCACACGGUGCAAGCAAAUGAAACAAAACGAGAAAUUGUUAACAGGACAUUGCUUACAUACAGACAUACUAAAAAUGUUAGCAUACAACUACAUGCAUAUAAUAUACAAGUCCAUAUAUGUAUACCCUUAGUGCGCUCUCGUCAAAUGUACUCGUAUCAAUGUGGCUUUCGAUGUCUUAGCGUAACAUUUAAUACAAAUCUAACAAAAAAUAUGGAAAAUUACAAAAUAUAAAAAAUUAAAAUACUAAAAAAAAAAUUUAAAUUUUAAUAUUGUCGAAAUUUAAAAUUAUUGAAAAUAUCAGGAAAUUUAAUCCACGAGAGCCUUAAAGACUAUAAUUUGAAAUGAGAUCAAACGCUUUAGUUUCCAAAAUAUGUAUAUUCGCUUAUGAGAGGGACUUUGCUGAAAAAUGAUUAAAGGGCGCGACCACUGUAGCACCGGAAAAAAUGAGAAAAUGAAGUUAAUCAAAAUUCUGACAAAGGAAACUUUAUUCUAAAUAUUGUUAAUUUUAUUCAUUAUUUACUUUAAAGCCACGUAGAAGAUAAAUAACGCUGUGCAGCUUUUCUUCG